UUUUUCCUUUAGAAAAUGAAUCUGGAAGAAAAUUGGUGAAUCCAAUCCAGUGGACCUGCAAGCACUCUGACAGGCUCAGAGAGCAGAGUCUGGACCAAAGAGCAAUUACCCCACCAAACGAUUUCAGAUGGAGGUGGAUGCAGACGAGAAGCGCCAUCGCACACGCUCCAAAGGUGUUCGAGUUCCCGUGGAACCAGCCAUACAAGAGCUGUUCAGCUGUCCCACGCCUGGCUGUGAUGGCAGUGGUCAUGUUAGUGGCAAAUAUGCAAGGCACAGAAGUGUUUAUGGCUGUCCUUUGGCAAAAAAACGAAAAACUCAAGAUAAGCAACCCCAAGAACCAGCCCCAAAAAGAAAACCCUUUGUGGUUAAAGCAGACAACUCUUCGGUAGAUGAGUGCUAUGAAACUGAUGGAACAGAGGAGAUGGAUGAAAAGGAAGAGGAAGAAGAGGAAGAGGAUGAAGAAGAGGAGGAAUAUUCUGAUGAUAAUGAGGAGCAAGGUGAUGAGGAGGAGGAGGAUGAUGAGGAGAUAGAUCGAGAAGAAGAAGAGGAGAUUGAAGAGGAAGAAGAGGAGGAUGAAGAGGAAGGGGAAGAUGUGGAGGAUGAAGAGGAGGAGGAAGAAGAGGAGGAGGAAGAAGAGGAGGAGGAGGAAGAACGUGAAGACCAUCAAAUGAAUUGUCACAAUACUCGAAUAAUGCAAGACACAGAAAAAGACGAUAACAAUAAUGAUGAGUAUGAUAAUUACGAUGAACUGGUGGCCAAGUCAUUGUUAAAUCUUGGCAAAAUUGCAGAGGAUGCAGCAUACAGAGCCAGGACAGAAUCAGAAAUGAACAGCAAUACAUCUAAUAGUCUGGAAGAUGAUAGUGACAAAAAUGAAAAUAUUGGUCGGAAAAGUGAGCUGAGUUUAGAUUUAGACAGUGAUGUUGUUAGGGAAACAGUGGACUCCCUUAAAUUAUUAGCACAAGGACAUGGUGUAGUGCUUUCAGAAAACAUUAAUGACAGAAAUUAUGCAGACAAUACUUCACAGCAAGAUAAUAGGAGUAUGAACUUUGUAAUGCUAGGGAAGCCUGUGAACAAUGGACUUACGGAAAAAAUGGUGGAGGAGAGUGAUGAAGAGGUGUGUCUCAGCAGUUUGGAGUGCUUAAGGAACCAGUGUUUUGAUCUGGCUAGGAAACUCAGUGAGACAAACCCACAGGAAAGAAAUCAACAGCAAAACAUGAACACUCGUCAGCAUGUCAGGCAAGAAGAUGACUUCCAAGGAAGAACACCAGACCGGAAUUACUCUGAUAUGAUGAACCUAAUGAGGCUUGAAGAACAGUUGAGCCCCAGAUCUAGGACUUUUUCUAGCUGUGCAAAGGAGGAUGGUUGUCAUGAAAGAGACGAUGAUACCACCUCUAUUACGUCAGAUAGGUCUGAAGAAGUGUUUGAUAUGACAAAAGGUAACUUAACCCUGCUUGAGAAAGCAAUUGCUUUGGAAACUGAGAGAGCAAAAGCCAUGAGAGAAAAAAUGGCAGUGGAAGCUGGAAGGAGGGAUAAUAUGAGAUCAUUUGAGGAACAGUCUCCAAGACACCUUUCUGGAGAUGACAGGAAGCCUAAACCCAGUGACGGCCAUGUCAAAAAGCCAUAUUAUGGUAAAGAUCCCUCAAGAACAGAAAAGAAAGAGAGCAAAUGUCCUACCCCUGGGUGUGAUGGAACUGGCCAUGUAACGGGGCUUUACCCCCAUCACCGCAGUUUGUCAGGAUGCCCACACAAAGAUAGGGUCCCUCCAGAAAUUCUUGCCAUGCAUGAAAAUGUUCUUAAGUGUCCUACACCAGGCUGCACAGGCCGGGGCCACGUAAAUAGCAACAGGAAUUCCCACCGAAGCCUCUCUGGAUGUCCUAUUGCUGCAGCAGAGAAACUGGCUAAAGCUCAAGAGAAGCAUCAGAACUGUGAUGUGUCAAAAUCAAACCAGGCAUCAGAUCGGGUUUUAAGGCCCAUGUGCUUUGUUAAGCAAUUGGAGAUCCCUCAGUAUGGCUACAGAAACAAUGUCCCCACCACCACACCCCGCUCCAACUUGGCCAAGGAACUAGAGAAAUACUCUAAGACUACGUUUGAAUAUAACAGUUAUGACAACCAUGCCUAUGGCAAGAGAGCCAUAGCUCCCAAGGUGCAAUCCAGGGAUAUAUCCCCCAAAGGAUAUGAUGCUAAACGCUACUGUAAGAAUUCAAGUCCAACCAGCAGCACAACAAGCAGUUAUGCCCCUAGCAGCAGCAGCAAUAUGAGUUGUGGUGGAGGCAGCAGUGCCAGCAGUACCUGCAGCAAGAGCAGCUUUGACUAUACUCAUGACAUGGAGGCAGCGCACAUGGCUGCUACUGCUAUACUGAAUCUCUCCACUCGCUGCAGGGAGAUGCCUCAGAACCUCUCCACUAAGCCUCAGGAUCUCUGUGCGAGGAAUCCUGAUAUGGAAGUCGAUGAAAAUGGGACGUUGGAUCUGAGCAUGAACAAGCAGAGGCAGCGAGAUGGUUGCUGUACCAUUUUGACUCCACUGGAGCCAAUGUCCCCGCAACGGCAAGCUGUGAUGAACAACCGGUGUUACCAACUGAAUGAGGGUGACUGCUGGGACUUGCCAGUGGACUACACUAAAAUGAAGCCCAGUAGGAUAGAUGAAGAUGAUUCCAAAGAGAUUAAUCCAGAAGAUUUGGAUCCUUUCCAAGAGGCGCUGGAAGAAAGAAGGUAUCCUGGUGAAGUUACAAUCCCAAGCCCUAAACCCAAAUACCCUCAAUGCAAAGAGAGCAAAAAGGAUUUAAUAACAUGUCCAACACCAGGGUGUGAUGGGAGUGGUCAUGUGACUGGUAAUUACGCCUCACAUAGAAGUUUAUCUGGCUGUCCCUUGGCUGAUAAAAGCAUUCGAAGUAUGCUGGCCACAAGCUCACAAGAACUCAAGUGUCCCACCCCUGGGUGUGAUGGCUCUGGGCAUAUUACUGGAAAUUAUGCUUCACACCGAAGUCUUUCAGGCUGUCCGCGAGCAAAGAAAAGUGGAAUCAGGAUAGCACAAAGCAAGGAAGACAAAGAAGAUCAAGAGCCAAUUAGAUGUCCAGUUCCUGGUUGUGAUGGUCAGGGUCAUAUAACUGGAAAAUAUGCAUCCCAUCGCAGUGCGUCAGGGUGUCCUCUAGCUGCCAAAAGGCAAAAGGAUGGGUACCUAAAUGGCUCACAGUUCUCUUGGAAGUCAGUGAAGACGGAAGGAAUGUCAUGUCCAACCCCAGGUUGUGAUGGCUCAGGACAUGUCAGUGGUAGUUUUCUUACUCAUCGUAGUUUAUCAGGAUGCCCCAGAGCUACUUCAGCAAUGAAGAAAGCAAAGCUGUCUGGAGAACAAAUGCUAACAAUAAAGCAGAGGGCCAGUAAUGGUAUAGAAAAUGAUGAAGAAAUUAAACAGUUAGAUGAAGAAAUCAAAGAACUAAAUGAAUCCAACUCCCAGAUGGAAGCUGAUAUGAUUAAACUCAGAACUCAGAUUACCACAAUGGAGAGCAACCUGAAGACGAUAGAAGAGGAGAACAAAGUAAUUGAACAGCAAAAUGAGUCUCUUCUUCAUGAGUUGGCCAAUUUAAGCCAGUCUUUAAUUCAUAGUCUAGCUAAUAUCCAGCUGCCACAUAUGGAACCAAUCAAUGAACAAAAUUUUGAUGCUUACGUGACCACUUUGACGGACAUGUAUACAAAUCAAGAUCGUUAUCAGAGUCCAGAAAAUAAAGCCCUACUGGAAAAUAUAAAGCAGGCUGUGAGAGGAAUUCAGGUCUGAACAGCUGCUAUAGUGGUGAAAGUCUUGCUUAAAAAAAGGAUGCCUCUUGUUUUUUGCUGCUGUAAUUUACCAGAAAGUGUUAUAUAUUUAUUUCUGUUUGAAACAGUGUUAUGCUUACAAGACUUCAUAAUGAUUUUAUGUCUUGCUUUAAAGAUAGUAACUGCAGAAUAGUUUUUUGAAUACAUUCACAUUUUGUACGUUUUCAUAUAAGCUGACAUAGUGUGAUAUGCCAUGUAAUGUUUAUAGCUGCUAAUGUAUGCACAUUUUUGGGGUAUAUAUAUUUCUGAAGAGGUAAGCUGAUCAAAAUAAAUAGAGUGUAAAUUCUUUUUAAUGCUUUAGUGAUUAAAUGUUUUAGUAUUUUGAACUGAAAUGGACAAAAAAAAAAAACAGCUUUGAAUGACAAUGUUGCAGUCUGCAGCCACUUUUUAAACACUAUCAUUUUGCCUCAUGUUGGAGGAUUUUAUGGGAUUUAAGAAAUACAUUUUGUGUGCAUAUUGUUUCAUAGCAAGAAUUGGUUGCAAAAAUGCUUUAUUUUUGAACAAUGCUUGAAAAUAUUAUGUGACUUUUGUUUUUGGAGGACGGUGUGUGGUGGGGGCAAUAAAAUGAGGUUUUUUGAAUUCCAAGAAAAUGGCAUGGAUUAGAUGUAAGAUACAAAAUGGGUAAUUUAUUGUAAGACAACAUCAAGCCAUGGAAACUUGACAGAAGAUUCAAAGCAGCUUAAACAGCACUUUUUAAUUAACUUCUAAGCAUUACAUGGUAUGAAUAUGGGAACUUCCAUUAUGAAAAGAACUAUAUCAGAGGUGGACAACGUGAAGAUUUCAGCUUUUGUUUUCAAAUAAACUUUGGAGCCAACAUUCUCUUAUCUCUGCUGGACUGCUAGUGCCCCUCUGAACUAUCUGUUAUAGCAAUGUAGUUCAUCUUUCAGAAAUUCUGUGUUUUCAAUUCAAGAUGGAGGACAAUAUUUUAAAAUUAAUAUUGCCUUUUCACAUCUUUAAUUUUGGGAUAAACACAAAUGAUCUGUGUCUCUUAGAGUUACUGAACUGCAUUCGAUGCUGUCUGUAGCAGGAAUGCAGUUCAGUAAAGAUUAUUUCUUUUGCUUUGCCAAGCAUUCAAUCCCAUUUUUAACAUUUUAGCAUUUAUGUUUUGCUUUUUGUUGGAGACCAAUCGUUACUGCAGCAUUCACAUAUGCUUUGUAUUUGUUCUACUCUUACCUAUUGCAAAAAUGAAUGCAAUCAAAUUUUUAAUGUAACUAAAUAUACUUCAGCACUUUUUUUGCUUUAAACUGGAUCAUUUUAAGAUAAAACUUAUUUGUACCUUCAAGAUUUGAUUGUUUUCUUCAAAAUGACUGCACUAUAUGUAUGCAUAAGACCACUUUUUAUUACUACAUUUUUCUUUUUUAAGUAGUAAAUUUGGUGAUGUGUUGUGUUUUAUGGAUGUUGAAUUUAUUUAAAUUUGAUAGCAUAUCUUUUCCUUCCAUGUCUUGAUGUUAUGCAGAAAGUACAAAGGUACUUUAAAAUUUUGUUAUGAAAAAGAUGGGUUUUGUAAAAAAUAAAAUAUUUUUAGCAGAACAGGACUUACAGGGUCAU